GCGAGGGAGUGAGGGGGGGGGGGUGGGGGGUCCUGAGGCGCCGCUGUCACCGCCGCCUUCCCGCCCAGGCCCGCGCAGCCAGGCCAGCCCGGCCCAGCCCCGUCCGCCCGCGGCGCGGCAGGACCAUGUCGGCCACGGACGAGCGGGCCAAGGAGAUCCUCCGGGGCUUCAAGCUAAAUUGGAUGAACCUUCGGGAUGCAGAAACAGGGAAAAUCCUCUGGCAAGGAACAGAAGAUCUGUCUGUACCUGGAGUCGAGCAUGAAGCUCGAGUUCCUAAAAAAAUCCUGAAAUGCAAAGCAGUGUCUCGGGAAUUAAACUUUUCCUCAGCAGAACAAAUGGAAAAAUUCCGACUGGAACAGAAAGUUUAUUUCAAAGGGCAGUGUCUAGAAGAAUGGUUCUUUGAAUUCGGUUUUGUGAUUCCUAACUCCACAAACACUUGGCAGUCCUUGAUAGAGGCAGCACCUGAAUCACAGAUGAUGCCAGCUAACGUUUUAACUGGUAAUGUUAUUAUAGAAACCAAAUUCUAUGAUGACGAUCUUCUCGUAAGCACUUCCAGAGUGAGACUUUUCUACGUUUGAGAUGGGGCUUUUUGGAGCUGUUUUAGUUUUCCUCCAUGCAGUUCUUGGUGCAGAACCCCCCGACUAUCCAGUGGAAGACACUACUCCUGUAGGCGGUGACCCUGGGGACCAGCUCAACGUGGGUUGUGACCUUUGCCCAUCAGUUAUUUUGCUUUCUCCUCUGACAAGACCAGACCAAACCCUCAGAGACAGGACCAUCUGCUCAGCGAUGCACUGGGGAAUAGAGGCUGUCUCUGAACAUGGGCAAACGAUGGUCAUGCAGAACCAAUACUGUAAAUUAUAUUAGUCUCGUCCUUUGUACUUCUCUGGAUCCUGGUGUAAUCUCCCUUUUCCACUCACACCAAACUCUCAAUGCGUUUCAUUUUUGGGGGAUUAAGUUAACCUUUUCAUUUUUCUCAUGUUGUAGGUUUUUAUCCUUUCACUGGAUUUCUGUGUAACUGGUCCACACAUCCUCUUACCCUGAACUUGUAAAAUAGACUGUGAUAUCACCUAAUGUAAUUAAAACAAAUUUCUCAAUUAAAACAUUCCUACCGUCCAAAGAAGCUAAGAAA